AUGGCCGACGAAGGAGGAAUCGACCGCAAGGCGGAGGAGCGCAUGGAGUUCUCCACGUCCAAGGAGGUGUCCGUUGCGCCGACCUUCGAGGCGAUGCAUCUCAAGGACAAUCUACUGCGCGGUAUCUACGCCUACGGCUUCGAAUCGCCCUCGGCCGUACAGUCGCGUGCCAUCGUGCAAGUCUGCAAAGGCCGCGACACCAUCGCUCAAGCGCAGUCGGGAACGGGAAAGACGGCGACAUUCAGCAUUUCCAUCCUGCAGGUCAUCAAUACCGCCGUGCGCGAAACCCAAGCCCUCGUUCUAUCGCCCACGCGCGAACUCGCAACCCAGUCGCAGUCCGUCAUCCUGGCUUUGGGCGACUACAUGAAUGUGCAGUGUCACGCCUGUAUCGGAGGCACGAAUGUCGGAGAGGACAUCCGCAAACUGGACUAUGGCCAGCACGUUGUGUCAGGCACACCGGGCAGAGUCGCUGACAUGAUCCGACGACGCAACUUGCGCACGCGUCACAUCAAGAUGCUGGUCCUGGACGAGGCCGACGAGCUUCUGAAUCGCGGCUUCCGAGAACAAAUCUACGACGUGUAUCGCUACCUGCCGCCAGCAACUCAGGUCGUCGUUGUGUCGGCCACGCUCCCAUACGAUGUCCUCGACAUGACGACCAAGUUUAUGACCGAUCCCGUUCGCAUUCUGGUCAAGCGCGACGAGUUGACUCUGGAAGGCCUCAAGCAGUAUUUUAUUGCUGUCGAGAAAGAGGAGUGGAAAUUCGAUACCUUGUGCGAUCUCUACGACACUCUGACCAUUACGCAAGCCGUCAUCUUCUGUAACACGAGGAGAAAGGUCGAUUGGCUGACCGACAAGAUGCGUGAUGCCAACUUCACAGUGUCCAGCAUGCACGGCGAAAUGCCUCAGAAGGAACGCGACGCUAUCAUGGGCGAAUUCCGACAGGGCAAUAGCAGAGUGCUGAUCAGCACCGAUGUCUGGGCUCGCGGUAUUGACGUGCAGCAAGUCAGCUUGGUUAUCAACUACGACCUGCCAUCAAAUCGUGAAAACUACAUCCACCGCAUCGGUCGAUCCGGUCGUUUUGGACGCAAGGGCGUGGCCAUCAACUUCGUUACGAGCGACGAUGUCCGCAUCCUGCGUGAUAUUGAGUUGUACUACUCGACCCAGAUCGACGAGAUGCCAAUGAACGUGGCAGACUUGCUCUCUUGAGCGAUGUGACCUUAACAGGAAGGCACAGAGUAGAUUAUACUCUAUGUCUGUCAUCAUGAGGCGUUUUUGGCGUCUUUCACAGGCAAUCGGCCACUAGGGAUGGAAAUGGGCAAAUGUAACGAUAUCCCCAUAUGCGGUCCCAAGCCUUUUCAUUUCGCCCACUCAACAUCGAUCAUUGCGGCUUUCUGACGUACUCCACAAAUGCUGUCCAGGAGCUCAGGUGCGU